AUAAAUGACAAAAGGAUGAGAGGAGGAAGAAACUAACAGGUGGACAGAGGAAGACAGAAGAAGAAAACAAGAAGAGGAAGAAGAAUAAACCAAGAGGAAGAAAACAAGAAGAAGAAGCCGAAGAAACGUGUCAGUAACAACAAACAAGAGUAAGAAGAGGGACCAAAGGGGAGGAAGAGGAGACGUUAUGUGAAGGUUCAGAAUGUUCAUACAGGAGAAAAUGUCAGACAACAGAAAAGAAGAAGAAGAAGAAGAAGAAGAAGAAGAAGAAGAAGAAGAAGAAGAGAAGGAAGUGAGCUGUCAGCCCCUCCCCCUUCCACUCUCCUCUGUUGCCAUGGAGACGGUGAUGUCACUGAGGAGGCAGGACCUGGCGUGCAUUGUGUGCUUCGGCAGCUACGACCUGGCGACUCGGUUGCCGCGGCGACUGCACUGUGGCCACGCCUUCUGUCAGGCAUGUUUGAAGAGAUUGGACACGGUCAUCAAUGAGCAGGUGUGGAUCCCGUGUCCUCAGUGUCGACAGAAUACUCCUCGGCCCAGAGGAGGAGCAGCAGGUCUGGACCUGGAUUUGGCCUCCUUCCUGGGAGUGAAGGCCCAGCAGACCUGCACAUCCUCCUGCUCCCUGACCUCCUGGAACUCCAGCCGAAGGGAAGCGGUGCUGGCCGGAGACACGUCCCGGGACGGGAAGCUAUGGCUGGGGAAGGAGGUCACUGAUGAUGGCUGGUCACACGGAGGACUGGCUGAGCCGCGUUUCCAUCGCUAUGGCAACUGUUGUCCGUUGCCGUCCUAUUGGCUGUGCUGCUGGUUCUGUUGCCAGGGGCGGGGCUAGAACUGGCCAAUGAGUCAGGUCUGCCCUCUACUGAACACAAUAAAUAAAACUAAACACAGAAGAACAAAUAUAGCUGAAGUGUGUCUGACUUGUGAUAUAAUAACACACGCUGAUGUC